AGGGUGCAUGAGGCGUGGCCCUGGAGUAUCCUCGCGUUCUGACCAUCAGGUGAGAAUAGUAUUUAAAGACCCUCCUUAUUUACCGAGGGGACGGACUACUUAACAGAAUUUCUGUCGCCACAGCGGGGUACAGUUAAAGGAUUAUCAUCAAUGAAAUUGACUGCAUGGUUAAAAUGACUUUUUCUUAAAAAGGUGCGAAAAUUGAACUCGAGGGCUUUUGCUACUAAAUCGGUAAGAGGAUUUGAGCAAGGUGCUUGAUAUUAAGGGUCCUAUAAUUAGCGUCCGAUUCACACUUCCGAUGGAAUAGUGAAGAUUUAUGACUGUUGAUAUUAUUUAUGUGACACUCAGAACUUUUUGAAAGAAUUUGUGCGUGGAUUUAAUUCACACAGGUCGCGGUACUUGUGUGGUAUUCAAGGUCUUCUGCUGUCCGAGAUGAUUUGUAGGGCAAGUCCUGGGGUAAGGAUUUCUGUCGACCAAAUCGAAGGAUAAGCGUAAACUUAUAAAAUUCAUAUGUCAAAAUAUUGUGAGGGCUUAAUGGCGAAUACACAAACUAUCUCUCAUUGUUAACUGGAAUUAGGAGAUUGAGUGAAGAAUGGUGGGUCCCCGCAGUGCGGAUUAUUAAAUGAUUAUUUGGACCCCAAUAAAGCCCGGAUUAGUCACACAGAUACGCACUUACUUUCCGUGUGUAAAUAGUACAUAGUAAUAAGACAAAAACACAAGUUAUAGAUGGAUGGCUGAGUGAAUUUUUAUCUAGUAAAAUGUGUCUCUUUGAUGGUAAGGUAAUCGGAUAGCGUUUGAAUUUCGAGUCCUGUGUGAAUGUUUCUGUCGUGAAUUCACAUGUGAAUGAUUACGGGGAAUCUUUCCAUUGUUUUACCUGAACGCUCGCUGAAUAUUGGUUUUAUUGGAAAUCAAUUAAGAUGGAAUAAAUCGAACGUAAAUGUGACAGUGCACAGAGAGGUCCCGGCCUAGGCGGAAAUGUUCGGCAAUAAAGCGGACGAAACUGCGCGCGGGGAUUAGCGCUACAAAGGACUGCUCCUAUACACACGGUCCACUGUUUCUACACAUUGAAAAUCGAACUCAGGAAUUGUUCUUUAAACUUUUCAAACUGUUGUGAAUAUUUUAAAAAGUUAACUUUUUCUUCAAACAGUAGUUGUCUGGAUCUAUAAUGAUUGAUCGAGGGGCAACCUAGAGUGCCCGAAAUGUGUGAGAUAGAGCACGGGACGAGCGUUGGGAUCACACCAGAGCGGCGGAUCGCCGGACUCUGAGACAGGAAACGGAAGUGAUCGAUCACCAGGGGGCAUGUUCGGUCUGCAGGUGCCCCUGUCCCGGGCCACGGAGGCGUCGGAGUUUGACAGCGUCAACACCAUCCUCUCUAACAGUGUGUACAAAAGCUCUGCCUCUGUUAAGCUGUCGGAAUGUAACAAAAAGGACAGGUUGUUUGUCCUAGAAUUAUUCAGAAACCAGAAACACAAAUGUGAGUACCUGCACUGUCCCCACAAUGGGCACUCCACAGAUGACACAGGAUAUGGAACGGACAACGAGGAUACAGCGGGGGGAUCAGAGAGUAAUCCCGACUACGAACCUUUAGAUAUAGUGGGGGAGAGGUGCUCACAAUCCACUGUGGAUUUUACUAGAAUGGAUAGCAUCCGCAGAGUCAAACUUAAAGUCAAGAAAGUGAAUCUGCAGAGUUUAAAUAUUUCUGACAAGGAUAGAAAACUUGGACAGCUUGGGCGAGCUUUAUGUAAGGAGCUGAUCGGAAUCAUUCCUGGACACUUUCCGUCCAAGUCCAGAUCCGCCUGUGGUCAGCGGUUGUGUAUCCGAGGAUUGGUGCCUCAUAGUCACGCAGCCAAAUAUUCCAAAAUACAAAUAGGAGACUGUCUGCGAUUGAUCAAUGGUAGAGAGGUUACCUGGGACAACAUUGACGAUGUUCUGCUUAAGAUUUCUCAGCUUGAAGAGGUGUCUGUUGUGAUACAGCAGGUCAUCAAUAAACAACCCAAGGUCCCUGUCCUGAGUCCACUGCGAGCCACCGCUGCUGACCAACAACUGGUUCAGCUUAUUGGUGGUCAGUCUGGUGGGACAGAGACGGAGGGCUCCACCCCCGGGCACUGCCUGAUGUUUAUUGACCUCCAGAAACUUCAGUCAGAGACCGAGUCCUCACAGGACGACCUUGUUUACCAAUUUCCUAAAACGACCUUGAGUGAUCUCAGGGGAGCACUAAUUACCCUAUACCACACAGCUCAGGAGUGGUCCCACACCAAACUACAGCAAACGAGUUAUGAAUGUAAUGGAGAGAGGUACACAGUUGCUUACUACAAGGAGGAGACAACACUACUUCUUCUUGUCUUCAAAGAAGCUCAGUUGUCGAGGAUGAGUGUUUCCAUGGUGAUCAGAGAUUUACUUCGUUUGAUGCGAGUAUUGUACGGCUCAGUAAUGGAUGCAUUCAUGAACUUCAGUAACCAUAGUGAACUGAGUUGUCUGUUAGCUCUCUUCUUCCACAGCCUUGGUUUGAGUCAGCCUCACUCUGAAACAUUGUCAAGGAAAUUACAAAUAUCCUUAGACACAAGUUUAUGUAGUCACAUACCAUAUCUACCUCUCUCUACCCAAGACAAUGUAAACAUUGACAAAAUCCUAACUUCAUGGGAGGCUCAAGAAUUUUCAGACAUGUCUGAAAGUAAUUUUGGAUGUCGACGUGCUUUCACAAUACUUGGAUCCUGUAUGUUUUACAAGUCAUCACUGUUGUGCAAUCAUCUACCAAAAGAAGAUUUAAAUGACCUCUACCUUUACCUCAAAUACCAUUGCCUCCUCUCCUUUUGUUGCCGUGACAACAUACAACAACUCGUUGUGUGGCAGGAAGUGAACUCUACGAGACAGAUGUAUGACCUCGGUGAGGAGCAGGUGUUCGGCUACACGGAGCCAGUGGGAGCCAAACUUAUCUGGCUCAUCGUGGGCUAUAAGAGAAGCAUUCUGUGCACUUUGCUGGAGAUUAAAGGUGGGGCCUUGAAGAGGAACAAGUUUCCGGGUCCAGAUCCUCUGUACAUAGACCAGGCCAAGGCUGUACUACUGCAGCUCAACUCACUGGACCUCUCCCAGAUGUGUAAACAGAGAAACACCACCCACAGGAUUCAACUGGUCCCUGGCCUGGAAUCAACUCAGCCUGUCCCCCACAGUAAUGCUGGCUACCCGGUGACCUCCAGUCCUAAACUAGAUGUGGGUAGCCUCUUGACCCGGGGGAGGCAGAUACCAGCCCUGGUGCGGAAGGACUCGGUCCGAUCAGAUGGAUCCCUGGAGAGUAACUCCAGUGCUGGAAGUGACAGGGCAAGGCAAAGAAAGGGGAAACUAUUUGCUGAUUUACAGGAAGAGAAACAAACUGAUUUUACAUUUCCUCAGGCAGACAAAAUCAAAAUGACAACAGGGGCAGACAACUGUCUUCUUCACUUCCUUCAUUUUGAUAAGUACGAGGGAGUGAUUAUCUCCCCUGAUCCUUUGUUGGGUUUGGCUGAGAUAGUUCAGAACUUUCACCGCAGCUGUUCACAAAUCAAACACAUGUUUGAAAAGUACAGAUAUAGACGGAAGCCACCUCCUCCCCUGAUACCAGAUAUGGAGACAAAGGUUCCACGUGUGGAGGACACAACAUUUAACUUUAUGAGGGAGGAGGGGAUCAUGUUUGCAGUCCCCACCCCUGGAGGGACAGCUAGAUACUGGGUCGUUGGGCGCCAAAGAUCAAAGGAAGAGUUUUAUGUGUGUUUUCAAGAUGGCAUACCUCAGAACAUGAUAGAACUGACUUUUAAGGCAGGAUUUGGGCUGAAAAGUUGAUAGAGAGCUCACCAGAUUAUUCAAGGAUAGGCUGAACUGUAAAUAGCCAGUAACAUGGGACCAAGUACUGAAUGCAGGGCAUUUGGUCCUGUUGUUUUGUUGAUAUUGUUGUUACAAUGACAGGAGAUUAGAAUUGUUAUUUUGUUAUUGUUUAGUCGGGAUAUCUAGUCUGUGUCAGUGGUUGAAGGAAGGCAGAUAUUCUGCUGUGAGUGGUCAGUAAAGCAGGAUUCAUUCCUUCAAGUUCACAGUGUGAUGCAAACACUUCAUUAUACUCACUGAUGAAUAAAACAUAAAUAUUGAA